GAUGGCCCAUGCACGUCAAUGCUACAGAAUCGAGCGUAGCUAUUGCGGCGCAGAGCACAUGUCAUUAGUGUCCGGGUGCGAGACGGCAGGAAGGGGGGUCGAAACAUCGAGAGAAACGCACACGCUCACACACUCCCUGGAACAAAAAGUCCAUCCGCGAAAGCAUACCAAAAUGACCAGUCAGUACGAGGAGGACACUGCGGACAAAUCCGACUGUAAAAGUAAAUCGCCAACUUUACUCUCGUCCUACUGCAUAGACAGUAUCCUGGGCCGGAGGAGCCCCUGCAAAAUGAAAUUGAUCGGAGCUCAAAGUUUGCCAACUCUGGCCGGCAGAUCGGAGAACGAGAGGGUGACCGAAGCCUCCCCUACAGACAGUCUGUCCUUCGACUCCGAGAUCCACCUGCCGCCGAAGCUUCGCAGACUCUACGGCCAAGGAAAGUACUUGGACCCUGUGAGAGUAUUUCAUGAGCAUGGGGAGCAGGGAGAGCGCGAGCGGUUGCUUGACCAGACCUGUGAGAACCUCAAAAUUAUCCAGGCGCCGCAGGUCAGUAUCAGUCGCAGCAAGUCCUACAGAGAGAACGCGACUUUCAGCCAGAAGACGCGCGACGCAAGCCCAGAGCGCGCCACCGAGGAGCUUGUGGAGAUGGGCACGCUGAAGUUCGAGGAGGAGGUGAAAGAGGAGCCGUGCGGGGAGUCGGACCUCUCCCCCAAGGAGGCCGAGGGCCUUCACAACGAUGGGGAUGUUAAAGACGGAGAGGACAGCGUGUGCCUGUCCGCGGGCAGUGACUCGGAGGAGGGCAUGCUCAAGCGCAAGCAGCGGAGAUACAGGACUACCUUCACCAGUUACCAGCUGGAGGAGCUGGAGAGGGCCUUCCAGAAGACGCACUACCCUGACGUGUUCACCAGAGAGGAGCUGGCAAUGCGAUUAGACUUGACUGAGGCCCGAGUUCAAGUCUGGUUCCAGAACCGCCGGGCCAAGUGGAGGAAGCGGGAGAAGGCGGGGGUCCAAACACACCCCCCAGGGCUGCCGUUCUCUGGCCCGCUGGCAGCUGCCCACCCUCUGAGCCACUACCUUGAGGGCAGCCCCUUUCCCCCCCACCACCACCCUGCCCUUGAAUCCGCCUGGACUGCUGCCUUUCCAGGCCUGCCUCCCCCACCAGCCAGCUCAGCACCCCCACUGGGCUUGGGCACCUUCCUUGGGGCAGCAAUGUUCAGACACCCUGCCUUCAUCAGCCCCACCUUUGGCAGGCUCUUCUCCAUGGGUCCCCUGACCAGUGCGUCCACAGCGGCCGCGCUCCUGCGGAACCCCGCCCCGCCAGCAGAGGGCCCUGGACAGGCAGCAGUGCUGCCAGACCCUUCCUCCUCCACCUCUUCAUCGUCGUCAGCAGCGGCAGACCGGCGUGCUUCCAGCAUUGCGGCACUCAGGCUGAAGGCUAAGGAGCACUCGGCACAGCUAACGCAGCUCAGCAUCCUGCCGCCCGGGGGUGCCGGCAAGGAGGUGUGCUGAGACCGCCCACCUCCAGGCCCCACAACAUGAGCACGACCAAAUUUAAGGAGGACUGGCAUCUGGAAAAUUUCGGAGACCUGCCCUCAUAUGAGCCCCCCACCCCCACCCCCCACCAGUGUCACCAUGUACCCAUUAACCUGCAUGGGUCUGAUACUGCAGAAGAAUGAUGACCUCUGACCUUUAACCCUGUGAGUUGAUUUUUUUUUUUUUUGAGAUCCUGGGCUCUCUUCACCCCCAC